AUGAACAGAUCCCUCCCAAUCUACCUCCUACGGCCCACUUUUGACCAGUUCACAGCUACAAUUUCUGCAUCCCACUUCCGAAAGAUGUUUCGCAUGACCCAGAGUAUGUUUGCCACACUAUGUGCAACGAUUUGCAAUGAAAUUGGACCAGAAGUGUUUCGUUCCGAGUCAUUUCUUUCUCAGCGUCGCGAACGAAUUUAUGGGAGUCAGGAGCCAAGAGAACAAGCAGUUGCUCCUGUUUCAGGGGAAAUACGAGUUGCAAUUGGUCUGAGGAUGCUUGCAGGUGGAUCAUAUCUGGACUUGGUACCGCUAUUCAGGGUCUCUUCCUCCCAACUCUAUGAUGUUUUCGAUACUUUUUUGGUUUGGAUUUUGGCCACCUUCAAGUUUCCGUUGCCACAAUAUUUCGCAGAGAACAAUUGGCCAGCCAUUGAGCGCCUUGCUUUUCCUUUUGCCGAAAAAACAAAUGGGAUAUUCUACGGAGUAUUCGCAGCGCUCGACGGUCUGGCUGUGAGAAUCAAGGGACCUAGAAUAGACGAGGUUCCAGAUCCUGGGAACUACUACUGCCGAAAGGGCUUCUUCGCUCUAAAUGUCCAAGCUAUGUGUGAUAAGGCCAAGUAUUUUCUGUGGUGCUUUCCUGCUAAUAAGGGAUCCACCCACGACUCUACUGCCUUCGCAAAUUCUACCCUGUUUGAAAUGGACCAACUGCAGCAAAACAUCACACAAGCAACAGGAGAAAUACCUCUGCCCACAGUCAGUGACAACAAUGAGCCAAAACCCUCUGGCCGGCGAACAAAGGAGGAGGUGAAUGAAAAAGCACUCGGCGAGAAUAUUCGUUUCAACUUGGCUUACAAGCUGGCGUCUGCUGGUUUGAGUCGGCCAAUGGUAACUGGCAUGCAUACCAACAAGCAUGGUCACGUCUAUAUGACGGAGUAG